UCUCUUCCCUGCACGCUGUCCGGGGAGCAGCAGCUCCACCCUGCAUUAUGGACCCUGCUAUGCCCCUGGGACUGUGGCUUCUGCCGCUGCUCCUGGUGAUUUCCGCUCGGGGUCUCGCUUCAGCAUCCACCCAAGGGAAUAACUUAGAGAUCUGCCUUUUGCCUUUGGAGAGGGGACCUUGUCGGGCUCUCAUCUCCAGGUUCUACUAUAAUAGGAACCAGCAGAGGUGCCGCAAAUUCAAGUACGGGGGCUGCCUGGGCAAUGCCAACAAUUUCCACAGUCGGGAUAGCUGUGAACACACUUGCGGGAAUAUCGAGAAAGUUCCUCCAAUUUGUCGGUUAAAACUCAAAACGUACCCAUGUGACAAGCCUUAUGUAGAAUACUUCUUCAAUCUGAACACCAUGACAUGUGAACCCCUUAGCCUUGAUCUGUGUAGCAAAAGUAUGAACAUAUUCCCCGAUGAAAAUGCUUGUAAGAAAUUCUGUGAACCAAGUAAAAUUCCAUCAUUUUGCUCCAGUCCAAAAGAUGAAGGCCUGUGUUCUGCCAAUUUGACGCGCUAUUAUUUUAAUUCAAGAAAUAAAGCCUGUGAGACCUUCACCUACACUGGCUGUGGUGGAAAUGAAAAUAACUUUUAUUACCUGGAUGAUUGUGACCGUGCUUGUGUUAAAGCCCCAAAGAAGUCAAAGAAAAGGAAGACAGAAAGUGGUUUCAGAAUCAGAACAAAGCCCAGACGUUGGAAUCCACGUUUGAAGCAUUCCCUUAUACUUGAGGAAACAAAUCGUCGCCAAAGCUCUCAGUUCAUCAUUACCCAGCAGCAGCAACUGAUCCACAGCACAGGAAACCACUACCACCAGCUCCCCUUCAAAGUCAAGCCUGGAGCAAAUGGUUAUUCUUGAUUAUGGGCUUAAUACACAGCACUGAAUAAUCAAUUCUUGGUCAGUGAAUCUUCUAUUAUCCUUUAUGUAUAAUGAAAGGCUAAUUUUUGUGUAAAGACAGCUGCUUUUAC